AUGAGUAUUGACAUAGCCUGUCCUCAUGAAUGGAGGAAAGUUUGUAUUAUCGAGUCUCUUUGUACUUGGCAUAUUCGUUUAAAUCUAAAAAUAAAUUUAAAUACAAAAAAGCAAUAUCAAGUUGCUACAAAAUUAACUAUAUUCACAAGACGAUUUCAUUGGCACAAUAACAUGAACGAUGAUAUUAGAAGUAGAAAAGCUGCAAAUGAAAGUUCUGAAAAAGUUUUGCAUCUUGAAAAUUUUUGA